AUGCGAUGCCUUUUCUCUAAAUGCGAUGCCUUUCAAAUUGCACUUUCAUCAGUGGCUUCUCUCUCCUUGGCUGAGCUCGUUAACUUUUCCUUCGGAUUGGGUCAAUCGAACGAACGUUCUCUCUCCAACCAUGGCCAUAAUGACUCCUCAACCGUUGGAUUAAGAAGACGGGAAGGUGCUGGUGCUGCAUUGAGAAUUCAUCGAAGCUCCUCAGGCCCUUGGAAUUGUAGCGCAAGAAGAAGCUGCUGA